AUGCCUCCUUUAUUCAACUUCCAACUUCCGGAACUUCCUCGUCAUGCCCACGCUGGCGAUGUGACGUUCCAAAUAACUGAGGAAAUCAGUUCGCAACCAGGACCAACCAUCCAGUGUGGAACCACUUGUGAUUGUGGGUGGGACCACCCACUGGAGGCACCUUGUGCUGCUCCCCCGCUCCGACAAAUCGCUUUCAUUUUCCGGCAAAUUCCGGCUCUAAUCGUUUGCAUUUUAUCUUGUGAUUUUCUGCCUCUUUCUCUCGCUCUAGAACAACGCUCCCAGAACGCGCGCGCAGCGAUUGACUUUGCCGAGGAGAUAAUCAACGAGGGCAAUGAGAUAGAAAAUUUAGUUUUUGUCAGCAUCCUGCUGAAGCGAUUUGAGCAGUGUCUUCGCUCGAACCGGUCGCUGGACUGCCGCGUGACGGACACGUUGGAAUUCCUGCCGGAGGAGCGGACUCCCUGCGUGCGGCUGCAGAACCGAAUUCCGCUGUACGGGGUGGUCACAACGCAGAAGGUUGACCCGCGGAACUGCUCGCUGGACAACUGCUCCGGGUCGGCGUUGGCCCAAGGUCUCAAGGUACACCGGCGCGUCGAGAUGACACUGGUGACCAAGGAUUACGAGGGAAAACCAAUGACCCAUGGUGGCAUUCUUGUCGAGGGCGAUCUGCGAUACCGGGACGAGGAGAACCGACCCGUUACGGUGGCCGUGACUGACAGCCGUGAUGGGACCUACCAGCUUUCCUUUAUGCCGGAACGGGCAGGUGUUAUGGCCCUGAUGAUUUCCGUCGAUGGCAAGCUCAUUGAGGACUGUCCGUAUGUGCUGAGAAUCCACAACUUACGGCCCCAUCGAGGGGUUUAUCACUGCUGUUCGUUCUGCUCGAGUAACGGGUCCAAAUAUGCCACUUGUGCGUGCGGAUCGGUGAUGCCCGGUGGUUACCGGGGCUGCGGUCACGGUCACGAGGGGCAUCCCGGCCAGCGGCACUGGUCCUGCUGUGGCAGCGUGCAGGAACACUCGGACUGUGCGGGGGCGUGGAAGAAGGCGGGAAAAGGGGGUGGGGUGUGACACAUUUUUUUGCUAAUAUAUGUGCGGCAUUAGA